GACCUUAUUUUCCCGCAGGCGCUGCCUGGGCAGUCGCUGAGGCGGGGUCCUGCGGCCAUCUUGUGGGCGGGCAGUCAGUCGAUCAGGAGGGGACGAACGGCCGCCGGGAUGUUGGAGCGAAUUCUUGCGCCCAGAUACGGGCAGUUGCUGAAGAACUGGAUUCCAACUAUCUCUACAUGGGGAGCUGUGGCUGGUGUAUUGCUGGUCUAUGCUACAGAUUGGAAAGUUAUAGUUAGCCGUAUCCCAUACAUAAAAGGAAAAUUCAAGAGUGAUUGAAGAUUAUUAACGGAUUUAAGGGAAUAAUCUGACCAAGUGAUCAAUGACAAACAUGAGACAGUGAAGGAUUUUGUGGACUGAACAUUUCUAUUGUGAAAAUUUAAAGCUGGACAGGAAUCAGUUGUCAACACCUUUUGAGGGGUGAUUGUAUUAACGUGAAGCAGGUUGUAUCCUCUGGAAUAUUAUCUGCCCUGACUCAUGGGAAUUGUUUGAAUUACCUCAAUGUUUCCUUCAGCUUCUGAAAUAAAAUAUGGAAACCUGUAAUAUACAAA